AACUUCAAGGCGGCCGCGUACUCUUCCCUUACUCUCCGUUAACCCACACACACACUCGGCUUUUAUUCCUUACAUUUAUUUUAUUUGUGUAAAAGGCUUUGAUGUGGACUGGUGGGAAGUUUUGAUUUCUGAAAGGAAAGGGGAAAAUAAAAAUUGCUGGCAUUCUAGAGAACAGUGCCGCGCUAUAUACGAGUGGUGAAUAUGGCUAUAGACCUGGCCCAUGUCAGAUAAGGUCAGAAGAGAUCUAUGUACAUUUAUUGCUGUGUUCUGAGGAAUUUUAUGUGAAAAUUGAGGUGGGAAGAUGGAUUGAAGAUUGCAGUCUUUGGCUGAGUAGAGAAUGCGAAGGGACUUUUAAAUCCCAGAUGAUAUCUAGUGGCUUUAUCUCUGUUGGAAUUUAUACUUGUACACAGUAGUGGGGUUUUCACAACUGUGAGCCAUUGCUUUGAAGCAUUUAUCAUCAAGAUUCCUCAGCCAUUGUAUGGAUGUGUCACUGUCGUGCUCCUCUGAGGAGAUUGGGAUGUCCCCCGGGAUGAGGGCACUGCUGGGUCACUGAUGGCUCCUGUCCUGUCUGUAUGUCUGUGGGUGGUUCUUUGUGCUACAUGCAUCCCCACCCCAGCACACUCGGAAUGCCUCAACACCUCAGCAGUUGUGCAGAAGCGGCAGUUUUACUUCAAUGCCAAAACCCUGACAAUCAUGCUGGAGAGCAGUGGUCGGAUUUCUCAUGAUAUCACUAACAACGUCCUAAAGAUUCUACUGGAGGAGGUGGUGGGCUACAGCAGAGUGGAGGUACAACAGGAGCAUGGCCAAUCCUACAAUGCCUCACUGAUCCUCAACCGUUUACAGGGCUGUUCAGAUUGUACCAGUAGUGGGACCCAUAUUGUGCCCAAGUCCAUGGUUAACAUUGAGGUCCCAGUCACCUCAAAACUAAACACAUGGAAAUGGACCACCCCUGGUUAUGUAGUUGAUUUGGGUCGUCUUGGACCGUCAGCCAGGCUGGGGAUUUUCAUGCCGCAGUACACAGUGGAAGAAUUGUGGGAACAGGAAGUGAUCACUGACCACUGGAGAUCCUUGUUCCUGGACAGGUUUAUUGAGAAAUUUUCCUUUAAAUCCUCGUUCUCAGCCCUGGUCAACUUAACUCUUUCCAGCGACAUCAGUGACAACCCUCAACACUUUUGCGAGACAGGCUGUCAUGGAGGACUGUAUUAUGGACCAGGCUGCAGCAAUCAACACCAGAACUGUUCUGUGCUCUUUUCAACAUAUCCUGAGUAUGAUAAGUACAUCCUGAAACCUCUGAUAGAGAAGCUAAACCUUCCUCUCAUAGUGGCCUGGAUUGGGGAGAACUUCAUCCCCUUCAUUUCUGACCUUCUACAGAGACAGCAGCCGGUCCUGUUCUUUGAUUUUGACCCCAGCCCACUGACCUCCACCUACAACCUGACCAGCCUCCAUCUGAUGGCAUGCGACCCCUCGGAGGACCCAGUCACCACCGGCUGUGAAUUCAGGGAGAGGACCUACCAGAAAUUUGUGUGGAACAAAAUCUAUGUGAACACUCCAGAGGCUGCCCAUGUGAUCUCAAAGCUGGGUUUUUCGGCUCACCAGUAUCAGGCACUACUUCAAGCUUACUCAAAGAAGCCAUAUGCAGAAAAAGUGGCCUGUGAUUGGUUGAAGGACAAUGAGGUCAUUUGGAGGUCGUGGAUACCACCUAAUCUAUCCCAUAAGCCUCGUAUCUUCUUGUUGGGAAUGUUUCCCCUGGAAAAUGGUCUGUGGAAUCAACCUGGACUUAAAGCAGCUGCUGAGUUGGCCAUUAGUAGAGUCAACCAGGAUAAAGCAGUGCUUCCAAAGUACGACCUUCAGAUCCUCUAUAUCAACAGCCAGUGUAAGGCAGACGUAGCCAUGAAGGAGUUCAUCAAAUAUGUCCAGAAUGACAAAAUGGGACCCAUUGUUGGAGUUUUAGGCCCUGCCUGCUCUGAUGAAGCAGAGCCAAUAGCUUCACUCUCCAAGCAUUUCAACAUGUUGACAGUCAGCUAUGGGGCAGACUCCUCUUCUUUGUCCGACAGAGUUACCUACCCUUAUUUCUUUAGAACCAUUCCACAUGCAGGGCUACACAAGUACAUCUACCAGCAAAUGUUUUCACAGAUGGGUUGGGAACAGAUUGGGGCCCUGGCAGAAGACACACAGGACUUUCCGGCCUACCAUGUGACUUUACAGGACUACCUCAAGCUUCAUGGAAUCAACAUGGUGGUGAAACAAAACCUCAAAGCUGUUGGCUCUCACACUGACCUCACACAGGUGUUUGCAGACCUGCGAUCUGCCAAUGUAAAGAUCAUCAUUGCCGACUUCUUUCCUUCCACGGCCAGGGUUGUCAUGUGUGAAGCAUACAAACAGAGAAUGACUGCCCACGAGGGGUAUGUUUGGUUCCUCCCUGGGUGGUACGAGCACGAUUGGUGGGAUGUUGACCACCACAACAAAAAAGAGAACCGGCACGAUGUGGUUCCCUGCGAUACUGCAAUGCUGAGAUACGCUGUGGACGGACACUUCAUGCUGUCGAAGGCGUUCUCAGGCUCCAUCAAGUCUCUGGUGAUAGGGAAUCUUACUGUAGGACGAUACAAACAGCUGUACACCGAAAAAAUCGGGCAGGAGAAAACAACACCAAGUUCCUUUGCAAGCUUUGUAUAUGAUGCUGUGUGGGUCUACGCUUUAGCCUUGAAUACCCUGUUGGAGUCCGACCCCAUUGCUGUCAAACACUUGCACUCCGAUGAAAACACAAGGCAUUUAGUGGAAAACAUAGGAAGGGUUCACUUCCCAGGGGCAUCAGGAGAUGUUCACUUUGAAGGCUCGGACCGCUUCAGCAACAUUGAUGUGAUGCAGUUCUUUCACAAUGGCACCUGUGUCAUCGGCUCCUACAACCCGAUCACUAAGGGCAACCAGGGACAGCUAAUCCUAGACAGGUCAAAAAUCAAGUGGCUGACCCCUGGGGGAAAGGCUCCUAAUGAUGGGCAGAAAGGUGUGAAUAAGCGUUGUGUGAUUGAGAACUUCCGAAAUUUCUUCGGUGUCAACUGUGAGAUGGCCAUUGUGAUUGCCAAUGUCCUUGGUUUCGCUUUUCUGUUUUUUGUGGUUCUGAUUAUCAUAUUCUUCAUCAAAUGCAGGUAUGAUGUGAAAAUGCGCAGCACACAUGACCGUAUGAAAGAGUUAGGGCUGAUGCCGGACUUUAUCAAGUGCUUCACCCUGGACGAGUGGGAGAUUCCGAGAGACAAGGUGGUGCUGAAUAGGAAGCUAGGGGAGGGGGCGUUUGGCACUGUGUUUGGUGGGGAAGCCUACCAAGAUAAUGAACUGUGGGUAGCUGUAGCUGUCAAAACCCUCAAGCCUAACUCACGCCUGGAAGAAAAGAUUGACUUCUUCAGUGAGGCUGAUGUAAUGAAGAGAUUUCACCACCCUAACAUCGUACAACUCCUGGGGGUGUGUACCAGAGGGGAGCCUUUCAUGGCGGUCAUGGAGUUCCACCUGUAUGGUGACCUGAAGACCUACCUGUUGUCUCGCCGUAACCUGGUCGGUCUGGAGUGUAAGGAGGCAGAUGAAAUCCGACCGGAGCGGCUGACGAUGAUGGCACUGGACAUUGCCUGCGGAUUACGUUAUAUCCACGACUUGAAAUACGUACAUAGAGAUCUGGCAUGCAGGAAUUGUAUGGUCCACUCCAGUGGUCGUGUAAAGAUUGGAGAUUUUGGGAUGACACGUCCGAUUAUUGAGUCAGAAUACUACAGAUUUACAAAGAAAGGUAUGCUGCCAGUGAGAUGGAUGUCUCCCGAGAGUUUGUCAGAUGGACUCUUCACAGCCAAGUCCGACAUGUGGAGCUAUGGAGUCCUGUUGUUUGAGAUUGUGACGUUUGGUAGCUUCCCUUACCAGGGUCUGUCUAACAGUCAAGUGGUGGAGUACGUGAAGGCAGGAUCCCGCCUGAUGCUGCCGCGACAGUGCUCCGAGGACUUGUGUACAUUUAUUUACAGUUGUCUGGCCUAUGAGCCAUGUGACAGACCUGAUGCUGGUGAAGUCAUAGACCAGCUUCUGAAGCAUCCAGACUUCUUGUUGCCAUGUCUAGACGCCCCAACUACAAGUGUGGAGGACACGGAUGAUACAGAACUUUUGACCUCAUCUCAACAAAACACCAUCACAAAAUCCCAUUCUCUCAACCUUACAACAUUGUUAAAUAGGCUCUCCACAGCCUCUAAUGAUGGCAAAAGACUCAGUGGGGCCAGUCAAGGGGGGAAAGUUCAAAACAAGUAUUCCAUUAAAACAUUUGUGCCGGCCAUACUUGGACGACCCAGAAGCAAUAGCAUUAGCUCCCCACAACCUAGUCAGAAAAAUCAUGAAUAUUUUGAAAUCCAUGACGAAAGUCCCUCCAAUACAUUGGAAAAGCCUCAUCGUCAUUCUUUGGAAAUCCAAAGGGAACACACGCAGCUUGAUCCUAGCAUUUCACUGAUGGACAAUUAUCCCACAGCAGGGGAAAGAGCAGACGCUACCAGUGAUUAUUUCAGCGACAAUUCCAAAGAGAUAGUUCAAAACUUGACGUUUGAGUUUUGUCAAACAAUCACGUCACUAUAAUUUUUUACAGUCAUUACAUUUGUUUUUUAUGGCCUUGCAUAAGUCAAUCAAACAAUAUGUAGUGAACACAAUUUUACUGACAAGACUGUCUUCCAUUUUCGCAAACAUUCCCAUUUAAUCAGUUCCAUGAAUCAUGAUUCAUAAGAACAUAAAAGCUUGCCACCUUAAUUUAUGAAGCCUCUCUACUGUCCAUUUUGAAAAAAAAACCAAACGGUGCUGUUAUCCCGCCCCUGUAGAGGGCAGGAGUUGUCUCUAGGAUCUGUGAUAUUUAUUAACUACAUUUUUAUUGCCGGCGGAACAAAACUGCCACCUUACAUUGUGUAUGUAUAAAGCAUUACUUUAAUGACAAUGCAGUGACGUUUCACCUGUAAUAUUUUUCAUGUCAAUCAUUGUUUUACUUAGUAUAUAUGUAGUUUUGAGUAACUGUAUUUGUCAAUAUGAGUAUUACUGAUUUUAUUUUGACAUGUAUGAUUUAUGUACCAGCAGGCAUGUUUAUUAUUCAUAUUAUGAGAUAAAAUUCUUUUUUCACUCAGAAACUUUGGAACAGAAAUCAGUUAGCUAUGCAAGACUGAAUGCAUCUUUUUCUAAUACACUGAAAAUUUCUUUACUGUGAUCCUUAAAUUUUAUUAAAGAAAAUGAUAUAUAUGAGUUCAAAAAUUUAUAACCUU